AUGGCGGCAACGUUGCUUGGUCAGCUUCCAUUGUGGAUCUUUGCCACGUUGCUGACGUGGGCCGUGUGCUGGUUUGCUGUCGCGCCGGUGUACUGCCAGGAUGAGCCGACCUGCGCCAAACAAUUGAAGACCUACCCGCGCUACUACCACCUUGUGUCUACCGCCGCUUUGAUUGCAAUGUGUGGGCAUGAGGUCAUGGGCUUGAUCGCCACCUACAUGGGAGCGCAGCAAACGCAAGCCUUGAUCCCGCACUUGAAGAGCCGGUGCCUGCCCAGUUUCCUGCUGGCACUGAUGUUCGGAGUGCUGGCCACGGCUGAGCCGGGCUUCCGCGAUCUGAGUGGACCGUUGCGCAUGUGA